GUAAUAACAGUUUUAAAAAUAUUCUUAUCAAUCAUCUUUAUACACCAGACGUGACUUGCAAGAUCUAGUAUUGUGUCAAUAUCCGUAUAUAUUAAUUCAUGACCAGAAUGCAUGUUGCAUUCUGUUCCGACGAGACGCUCAGUUAUAUUACAAACAUCGCUGUUGCCGUUUAUUGUCACGAAAUGAUUGUUAUUAUACUUUUAUCAUUUAUUAUUAUAGUAAUUAUUGCGUUUGUUUUUAAUUAUUACGUGCAUCAUUCAAAACGUGGACUAUUGAUCGAUCAAAUACCGGGACCAAAAGCCACUCCGAUUUGUGGCAAUAUAUUGCAAUUACCAACUUCACCAGUGAAAAUAUGGUCGUAUUUGCGUACCAAAGCAGAUAAAUAUUAUCCCAUUUAUAAACUAUGGUUUUUCUCUGAGGCCUUUGUAUCUAUCCGUCAUCCAAAUGAUCUCGAGGCAAUAUUAAACAAUACGAAACAUAUCGAUAAAAGCAAGAUAUACAAUAUCUUGCAUCCUUGGUUAAAAAGUGGACUUCUUACUAGCACAGGUGCCAAGUGGCAUUCACGGCGAAAGAUAUUAACGCCUGCAUUCCAUUUCAAUAUACUGCGACAGUUUGUUGAUAUUUUAUUGGAGGAAAGUGAACGCAUGACACACGAAUUGAAGAACAUCGGCGGGACGGUUGAAAUAGAUGUAGUACCAUUUGUUUCUGAACACACGCUAAACGCAAUAUGCGAAACUGCAAUGGGUACUUCUUUGCACAAUCUCGGUGCGGCUCAAAAAAAAUAUCGACAGGAUGUUCGUCAAAUGGGUCAACUUUGUGUUUAUAGAUUAAUGAAUGCCUGGUUAGUUGUUGACAAGAUAUUUGCGUUGACUUCUGCGAGCAAACUGCAAAAGACAAUACUACAAAAUUUGCACGGAUUCACUGAAAAAAUCAUAGCGGAAAGAAAACUUUAUCACCAACAUACGAGCAAUAAAUAUUUGCAUAAUUUCGCAAAUGACGAUGCGAUAGAAACAGUAGAAAUACAUGGAUAUCGAAAAAAGCGACUUGCCAUGCUGGAUCUUUUAAUAGCAGUUUCGCAGGAAAAUCAUUUGAGCGAUUUAGAUAUCAGAGAGGAAGUGGAUACCUUCAUGUUCGAAGGUCAUGAUACGACAGCAAUGGCUAUAUGUUUCACUUUGUUACUGUUAGCUGAGCACAAGGAUGUUCAGGAUCGUGUCAGGGAGGAGAUCAACACAGUGAUGGAACAAUCUGAGGAGAAAUUGACUAUGACGUCCUUGCAGGAUCUAUCGUACUUAGAAAGAUGUUUGAAAGAAACCUUGCGGCUCUAUCCCAGCGUACAUUUUAUAUCACGAGUCGCUGCGGAAGAUGUGCAAUUAAACAAUUCAUAUAUAGCACCCGCCGGAACAAUUAUGCAUCUCAAUAUCUACGACGUUCAUAGAGACCCCAAUUUCUGGCCGAAUCCCAGUGUAUUCGAUCCAGACAGAUUUUUACCUGAAAAAAUACAUAGUCGUCAUCCUUACUCGUACUUGCCGUUCAGCGCAGGACCACGGAAUUGUAUUGGUCAAAGAUUCGCUAUGUUGGAAAUGAAAGCCAUGAUAGCUACCCUUGUGCGCAAUUUCUACGUAGAACCUAUCGAUUAUUUAAAAGACAUGGAGAUAAUUGGUGAUUUAAUACUUCGACCUAACCACCCACUGAAUAAAAUGUGGUUGUACUUGCAUGCUCGAGCAGAUAAAUAUUAUCCCAUUUAUAAACUAUGGUAUUUCUCUGAGGCCUGGAUAUCUAUCCGUCAUCCAAAUGAUCUCGAGGCAAUAUUAAACAAUACGAAGCAUAUCGAUAAAAGCAGGGUGUACAGUAUCUUGCAUCCUUGGUUAAAAAGCGGGCUUCUUACUAGCACAGGUGCCAAGUGGCAUUCACGGCGAAAGAUACUAACGCCUGCAUUCCAUUUCAAUAUACUGCGACAGUUUAUUGAUAUUUUAUUGGAGGAAAGUGAACGCAUGACACACGAAUUGAAGAACAUCGGCGGGACGGUUGAAAUAGAUGUAUUACCAUUUGUUUCUGAACACACACUAAACGCAAUAUGCGAAACUGCCAUGGGUACUUCUUUGCACAAUCUCGGUGCUGCUCAAAAAAAAUAUCGACAGGAGGUUCGUCAAAUGUGUCAACUUUGUAUUUAUAGAUUAUUGAGGCCUUGGUUGAUCUUCGACCCGAUAUUUGCUUUGACUUCUGCGAGCAAAUUGCAAAAGAAGACACUACAAAACUUGCAUGGAUUCACUGAAAAAAUCAUAGCGGAAAGAAAACUUUAUCACGAACAUACGAACAAUAAAUAUUUGCAUAGUUUCGCAAAUGACGAUGCGAUAGAAACAGAUGACGUGGAAAUAUAUGGAUUUCAAAAAAAGCGACUUGCCAUGCUGGAUCUUUUAAUAGCAGCUUCGCAGGAAAAUAAUUUGAGUGAUUUGGAUAUCAGAGAGGAAGUGGAUACAUUCAUGUUCGAAGGUCAUGACACGACAGCAGCAGCUAUAUGUUUCACUUUGUUACUGUUAGCUGAGCAUAAGGAUGUUCAGGAUCGUGUCAGGGAGGAGGUCAACACAGUGAUGGAACAGUCUGAGAAGAAAUUGACUAUGACGUCUUUGCAGAAUCUAUCGUACUUAGAAAGAUGUUUGAAAGAAAUCUUGCGGCUCUACCCCAGCGUACAUUAUAUAUCGCGAGUCACUGCGGAAGAUGUGCAAUUAAGCAAUUCAUAUAUAGCACCCGCCGGAACAAUUAUGCAUCUCAAUAUCUACGACGUUCAUAGAGAUCCCAAUUUCUGGCCGAAUCCCAGUAUAUUCGAUCCAGACAGAUUUUUGCCUGAAAAAAUACAUAGUCGUCAUCCUUACUCGUACUUGCCGUUCAGCGCAGGACCACGGAAUUGUAUUGGUCAACGAUUCGCUAUGUUGGAAAUGAAAGCCAUGAUAGCUACUCUCGUGCGCAAUUUCUACUUAGAACCUAUCGAUUAUUUAAAAGACAUGCAGAUACUUAUUGACUUAGUACUUCGACCUAACCACCCACUGAAUGUAAGAUUUGUACCUAUAGAAGCCGUAUGAAGCACGUACAGAUUCUAUGAGUGUAAGAAGCGAAUGCAAAUACAUCGCAAAAAUCAAAGAAUUGUCGAUUUAAUAAUUAAACACAUACAUACAUGUGUGUGCCAAUUUAA